AUGGCAUCAAAGCGGGCAGUGACCUAUGAUGAGGCCCGCGAACUGGCCGAGGAGCUUGGCUUGCGCUACCUGGAGACCAGCGCCAAGCACGCCCACAACGUCGAGGAGGCCUUCACGCAGAUGGCCAAGGAGAUCAAGGACCGGGUGUCCGUGCAAGCUCCGCCAACGGUGCUCCCGCCCAGGACGAUCCUGGCUCCCGGGCGCCAGGUCUCUGGGGUCAACUGCUGCCAGCAGUAA